AGAGCAAGAAGCGGGAAAUGAGGUAAAACAGAAGAAAAGUGUGAGGAGAAAGUGGGAGAAAGGGUGAGGGAAGAGUAGAGAAGAUGACCGAAAAAAGUGAGAAGACAAACCUGUGAUAUUUUGAUGAAAAUGAAGGGAAAUACCCGAGGAGAAAAAUGGGAAAAGGCAUGAUGACAAAAGGGCCCUAAUGGGGAGAAAGUGUAAGGAAAAAACAUGUUAGAAAAAGAAGAGGGAAAAAAAGUGAGAGAGAAAGAAAACGGAGAAGCUGAAAGAAAAUUAACUGAAAAUCGUGGCAAAAAAAUGUAGGAAAACCUGAAGGAAAAGAGAAACAAGAAAAUGAGGAGAAAACUAUGCCACGAAAAGAAGAGAAAAGCCUAAGGAAAAAAAAUGGGGGCAACCCUGAAAGAAAAAAAAAGAGAGAGAAAUGUGAGAGGAAAAUUGGGGAAAUCUUGAGGUGAAAAGGCGGGAAAAGCCGCCCCAGCUGAGGGCCUCAUUUCUGCCGCGUUGCCCCUUUAAGAGCAGGCGGGUCAUGCGUCACGCGUCAUGUGUCACGCUCCAGGCCCCACCCCCCGGCCGGCCCAGCCCCGCCGGGCCCGGGCGCGGCCGCAGCCGCGGAGCCACCGCGGACCCCCCUGGCGGGGACAGCGCCAGGCCGGGAACCCCCGGGCCGAGGGGAUGCGGCACCGUGGGGCCGGGUGAGGCUGUCUCGGGCAUGGCGGGCGCCUCGGUGAAGGUGGCGGUCAGAGUCCGGCCCUUUAGCGCACGGGAGAGCAGCCGCCAGGCCAAGUGUGUUAUCCAGAUGCAAGGAAACACCACAUGCAUCACCAACCCCAAGCUCCCCAAAGACGCCACCAAACACUUCACCUUCGACUACUCGUACUGGUCCCACACCUCGGAGGAGGACCCCAACUUCGCCUCGCAGCGCCGGGUGUACCAGGAUAUUGGGGAGGAGAUGCUGGCACACGCAUUCGAGGGCUACAAUGUCUGCAUCCUGGCCUACGGCCAGACCGGCGCCGGCAAGUCCUACACCAUGAUGGGGCGGCAGGAGCCGGGGCAGCGCGGGAUUAUCCCGCAGCUCUGCGAGGAUCUGUUCGCCCGCGUUGCUCGGGAAGGGUCACCUGAACUUUCCUUUUCUGUGGAGGUGAGCUACCUGGAGAUCUACUGUGAGCGGGUGCGGGACCUGCUGAACCCCAAGAGCCGGGGGGGCCUGCGGGUGCGGGAGCACCCCCUGCUCGGACCCUACGUGCAGGACCUGUCACGUCUCGCCGUCGCGUCCUUCGCUGACAUUGCUGACCUCAUGGACAGUGGCAACAAGGCCAGGACAGUGGCAGCCACAAACAUGAACGAAACGAGCAGCCGCUCACACGCUGUGUUCACCAUUGUCUUCAGCCAGCGCCGCCAGGACCCACUCAGUGACCUCACCACGGAGAAGGUGAGCCGCAUCAGCCUGGUGGACUUGGCAGGCAGCGAGCGCGCCGAUGCCUCGGGGGCCAAGGGCAUUCGCCUCAAGGAAGGCGCCAACAUCAACAAGUCCCUGACCACUCUGGGCAAGGUCAUCUCUGCCCUGGCCGACGCGACCAGCAAGAAGAAGAAGCCAGAUUUCAUCCCGUAUCGGGACUCGGUGCUGACAUGGCUGCUGAAGGAGAACCUGGGCGGGAACUCACGCACAGCCAUGAUCGCAGCGCUGAGCCCGGCUGACAGCAACUACGAGGAGACACUGAGCACUUUGCGCUACGCUGACCGCACGAAGCAGAUCCGGUGCCACGCUGUGAUCAACGAGGACCCGAACGCGCGGCUGAUCCGGGAGCUGCGGGAGGAGGUGACGCGGCUGAGGGAGCUGCUCAGUGCCCAGGGUCUCCCUGACACCACCCUCUCUGUCCCCCCUGCCGCGGCAUCCCCGACCCUCAACGGGGGUCUGGGCCUGGAGCUCCCCCUGGGUCCUACUGAGGCCAUGGAGCGACUGCAGGAGACAGAGAAAAUCAUUGCAGAGCUCAAUGAGACAUGGGAGGAGAAGCUGAGACGGACAGAAGCCCUGAGGCUGGAGCGGGAAGCACUUCUGGCCGAGAUGGGGGUGGCUCUGAGGGAGGAUGGCGGCACCGUUGGCGUAUUCUCUCCAAAAAAGACCCCGCAUUUGGUGAACCUCAAUGAGGACCCGCUGAUGUCCGAGUGCCUCCUGUACCACAUCAAGAAUGGUGUGACCAGGGUGGGCCAGGUGGAUGUGGACAUCAAGCUGUCGGGGCCAUUCAUCCAGGAGCAGCACUGCCUCUUCCGCAGUUGCCCCGACCCCUCGGGGGAAGUUGUGGUAACCCUGGAGCCGUGUGAGGGUGCUGAGACGUACGUCAACGGGAAGCAGGUGACGGAGCCGGUGGUGCUCAAGUCGGGCCACCGCCUCAUUUUGGGGAAGAACCACGUGUUCCGCUUCACACACCCGGAGCAGGCGCGGCGGGAGCGGGAACGGGGGGCGUCCCCCGGGCCUCCCCCAGACUGGAACCUGGCGCAGCGGGAGCUGCUGGAGCAGCAAGGCAUCGACAUGCGCCUCCAGAGGCUCCAGGACCUGGAGAACCAGCCCCAGCUGGAGAAGGAAGUGUCAGAGCAGCCCCAGCCCCCCGCUGCUGAUGACCCCCCGUGCUACGAGGCUGGCUGGCGCCUGAUCUCGUCCCUGCGCCAGGCGCUGCCGGCGCCCGCUGUGCGGUCGGUGCUCCGCCGGGCCGGGCUCCCACUGCCGGCACCAGGCAAGCGCCGAGAGCCGCUGCGCGUUUACCAGAUCCCGCAGCGCCGCCGGGGAUCCCCAACCCCGUCCUCCCCGUCCUCCCAGUCCCCAUGGGUGACCAUGGCCGACCUGAAGGCUCAGGCUGUGCGGGAGCUGAGCCUCGAGGUCGCCCUGCGGGAGCCACGGCCGGCGCGGCGGGAGCUGGAGGCGCUGAGCCUGGCACGGCUGCGGGAGCUGUGCCGGCGCCACGGCAAGCGCGAGCCCACCGAGCGUGACGGCUGGCGAGCGGUGGCCAGGGACGUGUGGGAUGCUGUGGGCGGUGGCGAGGAGGAUGAAGGUGGCGGUGGCCACAGCGGCGAGCAGGUGAACGAGGUGGAGGGGCUGCGGCUGCACCUGGACAGGCUGGCGGGGAUCCUGCGGGAGGUGAAGCGGCAGAACAGCGCCAAGGACGAGCAGAUUCGGGCCCUUCGCGACCGAGUAGGGCAGAUGGAGCGCGUCAUCCCGUUGCCACCGGACGAUGGGGACGAGGCUGAGCCGCCCCCCCAAGAACCUUCCCAAGAACGCUCCCCGGACCUCCCGCAGCCCAGCACAGACGGGGGCUCCCCGCCCCCUUCGCCCCCGUCGGCGGCGGCGGCGCGACUGUGCCGGCUCAUGGAGCAGGACCCGGCGUUCCGGCGGGGGCGGCUGCGCUGGCUGCGCCAGGAGCAGGCCCGGCUCAUGGCGGGGAGCGGCCCGCAGCCCCCUCAGAACCCCCGCCGACCCCCGCGCUUCCACCCGGCUGCCCAGGACUCAAAGCUGCGUUUCCCCUUCAAGAGCAACCCCCAGCACCGCCUGGCUUGGGGGGCCGGGGGGGACUCCCCCCAAGCCGAAAACACCCCCCCACUGCCGCCCCCUCCCUCGGGGCGUCCCCGCCGGGGAUCCCUGGACGGGGGAUCCCCUUCCCCCGCCGCCGGCACGCCCCCGCUCCGUGUCCGCCGCCAGCGCUCGGCUCCCGACCUGAAAGCGCGGGGCCCCAUCCCGUAACGGGUGUGGGAUUUUGGGGACACGCCCCUCCCCAAAUGGACAAUCAUGGCCUCCCCUCCCCACGAUCGGGGGGCUCUCCUUGUCGGGGGGGCCCCCAGCUGCUGUCACACUGCCCCACCCCCUUCCCCGCGUGUGUGUGUCUGUGGGAGGAGUCCACGGUCGGGAGGACUCCCCUUCCUACAGGGGAGCCCCUAAUUAAUGGCGAUCCCCCUAAUUAAAAUGAAGCGCCUUA